AUAUACCUUAAUUGGUUAACAAGUAAAAUGGAUGGAACCUGCUCUUAAUUGCAUUAAUAUACCUUUAUAAGGGGACCGCAUGCAACAUCACCAACCAUUUCAUGAUUAACUGAACCAGGAGCAUCCAUAGCAUCGGAACUUCAAAAUUUAACAGCAAGGCGAAACGAGAAGUUUCAAUCUCAUCCAAACAUUAGAAAGUCAACAAAAAUAAAAAAAAUCUUUGGAGAAACCGUGUGUUUAACCGAAAGAAGUAUGAUGGACACCAUGUCGAGAAACUCUAUGUCUUAUUCAGGCCUCUACCACCCCCAGGGUAUGCAAACCAAUAUGUUCGGUGGUUUUGACGAUGGGUACAUGAGGAAUGAUCCAAUUCAACCGACCGAUCAUUUGAACAAGCGUCCAUCUCCAAUGCCACAGAAGACCGACACCGUGUACGUUGAGAUGACGUCACUCUCGCCAUCAGCCUCAUCACGCACUCAGAUUAUGCAUCCGCCACCACCUCCUCCACUGUAUGGCUUCGGCGCGGAGGGACACAUGAACAUGAUGGAUCAGAUGUCUACUGCUUCGACAAUUCCUUUAUCCAACGAUCACCAUAUUCUCACGUCACAUCCGGUCAGUCAGCCGCAAAUGAGUAUGCCAAGCAUGUCUGCAAUGUCAGGUAUGACUAGUAUGCCGUCUGUAUAUGGGCACGGGUCUUAUGGCAUUCAACAUCCAUCACCUCCUGGAGUUCCCCACCUCCCCCCAGGACAUCCUAUCAAUUACACGAUGCACGAGCUUGAUUGUGACCCUCGGGAAUUGGAAGCGUUUGCCGAACGUUUCAAGCAGCGACGCAUAAAACUCGGAGUGACGCAAGCCGAUGUGGGGAAUGCUCUUGCCAAAUUGAAGCUCCCCGGUGUUGGAUCACUUAGCCAGAGUACAAUCUGUCGUUUUGAGAGCCUGACACUUAGCCACAAUAACAUGAUAGCAUUGAAGCCUGUUCUCGCUGCGUGGCUAGAAGAGGCAGAAGCAGCCGCUAGAGAAAAGAAAAUGCUUGGAGACGGCCAAGGAAAAAAUGGUGACAGCAAGCGCAAACGCACUUCGAUAGGAGAUAGCGAAAAACGAUCUUUAGAAGCAUAUUUCCAAAUACAACCACGGCCUUCUGGGGAAAAAAUCUCUCAAAUCGCUGACAAAUUGGACUUAAAGAAAAGCGUUGUUAGAGUUUGGUUUUGUAAUCAACGUCAAAAGCAAAAAAGAAUGAAAUUUGCAGCUAACAAUUGAAUUCUGUAAAAAUAAGAAUUCCAUGAAAAUAGUAUUCGUGUAUACUGUGCUGUGUAAACUUGCCAUUUAGUUGAAUUGCCAUGAACAAGAGAACAAGAGGUCGAUCAUGCUAUCAAACAUAUCGAUUGUUAUAGGUUAUAGAUGUAGAUCUAGAUCUAGCCCGCAGUUCAAAUGUCACAUUUGACAAGGCGAAAUCUCCCGAAGGUUUUUGCGAGUCACAGAAAUAUAACUUUACGGGAAUGUGCAAUCAAUGUAUUUAUUUAUUAUUUAUUUCUGCAAACGAUUUUACAAUUCAUUCGUUUGCCUUAUAUGAUUUAUUCAUGUAGACUAGGCACAGAAAUGAUCGACUUAUUAUUAAAUUGAUUUAUCAAAAAUUCACUUGCUCAACGACGUGAUUUCACUGUAGGAAUUAUUUUCCGGUUGUAUUUUUACAACACUUUACAACACAUAAUGUACAUUUUGUAAAUAUAGUUAAAAGAUAAUAGAAUUGUAUACAUUUACUAGAUACGUCACUCCAAAUGCGUCGAUUUGCGCAUCCAUAUACACUUUUGUGAUUUAUUAAAUGAUCUCUUAUAAUAAUAAAGAUAUUCGUGCAAUUACAUUAAAAUGCAUUCCAUAUGAGGUACUUAGUGUAUAAUGUAUUUGAAUCCGUCAGCAAAGCUGUGAUAAUUUUUUAACGAUAAAUGAGUCUGUACUAAUUUUGUUGAUGACUCGUUCAUGUUACAUUGUGUACUGAUUGACCAUUGUUCGUUGGCAGCACUGUGUUUAUCCCAGCGAUUGAAUAACAAUUUUAUCGUCUAAAUCCUCGUCGUUUGAUUAGUCUCAAAGGUAUAAUCCACUUGUCAUUAUUUUCAUGUUUUGUUAUACUAGAUUGAAUUGAAAAAUUCUCUGUCAACCGGGACUUUGUAUUAUCCUAUAACAUAAAUAGAGGUAUGCCAGAGGUGACUUUGUAUAUAUUGGAGGUAGAUUCGAAUAUAUGAGGAAACAUCCCAUAUGUUUGAGGUAAUUUAACUUCCAAUAUACCAGGGGUGACAUUCCGUAUACCUAGCAAGAUGAAAUAUUUUGAAACCACCACACAGUUUUUUUAAAUGGGAAAAGGUAUUAAGACUUGGAAUGCAAAAAAAACUUGAUUUUCCUUGAUGACAUUAAUUCAUUUUCAGUAUUUAUAAAUAGUAUAUUCUUACAUUUAAUGUCUUAACACUUAAAUAUAUUUAUUAUAUGAAAACUUUAAAAUGUAUAUAUUUAUUUAAAUCUAUCAAAUGUACAUGUAUGACAUAGCCCUGUACAGCGAACCGUCCAAAACCAAUGUAUCAACAACUUUGGGAUAGUUUUGUCUCAUAGUUAUGAUUCUGUAUAUAAUGUAUCUUAUAUAUCUCGUUGCAAUAUGUAAAUAAGCCAAAUAAAUAUAUAUAACUCAAAAACAUUA